AUGGGUGUCACUGCUAUCAAAACUGCCGAGGAGUACAAGACCAAGGUCACCGAGGCCACCGGUCCCGUCGUCGUCGAUUUCCACGCCACCUGGUGCGGUCCUUGCAAGGCCAUUGCUCCCGCCCUCGAGAAGAUGAGCGAGGCCAACACCAACGUCCAGUUCUACAAGGUCGACGUCGAUGAGCUUUCUGAGGUCGCCGCUUCCAACGGUGUCUCUGCUAUGCCUACUUUCCACUUCUACAACAAUGGCCAGCGCUUGCAGGAGGUUAAGGGUGCCAACCCCCCUGCUAUCCAGGCUGGUCUUAAGGCUAUCACUGCAUAG